UAAAUUCCAAGCUCAGAUCACAAUCAAAAGUUAAGUGCCAACUUUGACUUUUAUACCGUCAUGUGAUGCCUACAUCAUUUCCUAGUACUAAUCGAAAUGUCAUUGAAUGACUGAAUCGGAAGUAUGAAUGUGUGAACACGGUGAUCGUUCCCUACUCAUAGUGCAGGAACGCGUUAUAUACACCAACCUUAAAGAUUAGAGCACAGUUAUAAAUGGCACAAGUGUAACGCACUUUGAGACCUGAUGAACAAGAUUAAUUAUAUUUUGUAAGUUCGAUGUUGAUAACUCUAUAUGGCCAACAUUCUGAAACCAUUUGGAACAAAAUUCAAGAGUGGAUAAUACACAGGGAAUUGUAGCGGCGUAUUAACUCUGAUUGGUGCUCUUUUCAAACAAUCCAACUGUAAUUACGGACCAUCGGAUACUUCUAGAAGUUUGCAGUGUCGAUAAUACACCAUGACGUCGUUACAUAAUGCUGAAUAUCUGAAAGGUGUUGAGGAUGCCAGAAUCAUGGUAGAACAGAUGCACAGUGAUAGAACAGAUUGGAAAGUCAGCAAAACAACGAAACACGUCACAGUUUCUUCAAAAAAGUCACAAGUAUUCCACGGUUAUAUGCACCGCAUCGAAUGCGUCCUCGACGUCUCCUUGGAAAAGGCCUUCGAAUAUUUCUUGCCGAGCCCCGUAGGAUUACGAUUAGAAUGGGACAAGACGCUGCAACUCCAUGAAUGUAUAGCACACCUUGAAGAGGAGGCGUACUUAUACCGGGCCGUCACCCACAGCCAAAUCAUGGGGCUCAUCGCUUCGCGGGAGUUCGUCUACAUCUUACGGGUAAUACGGAGACCGGAGGAGGGGUGCAUCGGAACGUUCUGUCAGAGUAUUGAUCACCCCAAGUAUCCCGUCCAGAACACUCCCGUCCGGGGGGUCAACUACCCCUGUGGUACAUUCUUUCAAGUGCAACCAGAUAAGAAAAUCCUAGUCACCAACUACUACCACGUGGACCUUGGCGGCAAACUUCCUCAAUCAGUGAUCGAUAGCUCGAUACCACAGAUCAUGGCCUCGACAAUGGAACACUACUACAAGAAACUACAGACGAUUAAGAAGUGACGACAUCCGGGAAUAGAUUCAUAAGACCUGUUUUCAUGCCACUACUCAUGAAUUUGCCCACAACUGUAGUCCUGGGGGCGUUUCACAAAGCCUUUUUUUUAAUGACAAAUGACAAAAAUCAGUGAUAAAUCUGCUGAUAACCAAUCA